GCAAUUGUAUGAUAUUUCUCUUACUAACCAUUCACUGUAAUGCGAUCUUGAAAUAUGCUUCGAUCAUACGGACGGGUGGCGGCAGUCGCCUUCGCACUUCUCUGUAUUGUAUUCAUUCUCCAUCUCAAACCAUUCGGAAAUGGCUCCACCGGAGAACGCUACCUUACAACAUCAUCGGGAGUGGUGGAUCCAGAUAGCUUCAGCUGGAGCGCAAGGAGAGAACACUAUCCAGUCCAGGACCAAUAUGCCAUUCCUGCUCCUGCACCAUUGUUCAACCAGAUCCCAAAUGUGCAACACCAUUUUGGGGGGAGCACCAUGUCGCGGGAACAACGUGCCACCAAUAGACAGCGCCUAGCUCAAGUCAAGCUAGCUAUGGAGCGCUCGUGGUCUGCGUAUCAACGCAGAGCAUGGCUAAUGGACGAGCUGACACCUCUUACUGGAGCCAACAAGACCACUUACGGCGGCUGGGCUGCCACUCUCUGCGACUCUCUUGACACUCUGUGGAUCAUGGGAAUGAAGAGAGAGUUCAACGAGGCUGUGGAUGCAAUUGCACAAAUCGAUUUUACGGCCACGACUAUGGACACUAUUAACCUCUUCGAGACGACGAUUCGAUAUAUGGGCGGCUUCUUGUCUGCGUACGACCUGUCUGGCGAUCAAAGGUUGCUGGAAAAGUGUAUUGAGCUUGCAGAUAUGAUCUAUGCUGCUUUUGACACGCCAAACCGCAUGCCAAUACUGCGGUGGGACUUCCAUGCAGCUCGUAAUGGACAAAAACAAGUGUCGCCAGACAGCAUUAUCUUAGCAGAAAUUGGUUCUCUAUCUCUAGAGUUUACCCGGCUGUCUCAAAUUACUGGCAACCCGAAGUGGUACGAUGCUGUUGCACGCAUUACGAACCUCUUUGAUGAGCAGCAGAACAAAUCAUCGCUCCCAGGAAUGUGGCCUCUCCAGGUCAAUGGCGCCGCAGCGGACUUUGCUUCUGGUGAUGUCUACUCCCUUGGAGCCUUCUCCGACUCAAUGUACGAAUAUCUUCCCAAGAUGUAUGCCCUCCUGGGUGGUUCAACACAGUAUGCCAAGAUGUAUUUGGUAGCAAUGGAAACUGCUCUCAAGCACAUCAUAUACAGACCUAUGAUCGAGGAGGGGGACCUCAAUAUCCUCGCCUCUGGCACCACACACGUGAAAGAAGCAGGCGAAAUCACACUCGAAGCUGAGUAUCAACAUCUAGUUUGCUAUACUGGAGGAAUGCUAGCUCUUGGCGGCCGUCUGUUCAAUGAGCCUUCACACAUUGACAUUGGUGCUCGCCUUACUAAUGGCUGCGUUUGGGCAUAUUCCAAGUUCCCAUGUGGUAUCAUGCCUGAGAAUUCGCAACUCGUCCCUUGCCCGGCUCAGGAUGCCUGCGAAUGGUCUCCAGACGCAUGGCACACCGCCAUAGGCAAAGACUCUGCUGUGUUCGACAAUAUGGGAAAGAAUGCUACGGCGCUCAUCGAAGAAUUGCAUCUGCCAUCAGGAUUCUCCGCGAUUCGUGAUGCAAAGUACCAUCUCCGACCAGAAGCUAUCGAGAGCGUAUUCAUCAUGUACAGAAUCACAGGGAACAGUGCUUGGCAGGAGAAAGGCUGGACCAUGUUUCGAAGCAUUUACGCGCAUACGAGAACGGAAUAUGCAAAUGCUGCCAUUGAGGAUGUCACGGACCCCGAGGCCCCAAAAAUGGACAAUAUGGAGAGCUUCUGGACUGCCGAGACGCUAAAAUAUUUCUACUUGUUGUUCAGCGACCCCAGUCAUAUCAGCUUGGACGAGUACGUAUUCAAUACAGAGGCGCAUCCUCUGAGACGGCCACAUACGGGAAAGAAGGGCUGGUUCUGGCGGAGAUGAUGAUCGAGAAGGAAAGAAUGUCAUGAAAGAGACACGGCCUGCAUCAAGCUUGCGCAACGUGGCACAUGAGAUAUCAGGCUGGGCGGAUUAACGCCCUCGUAGAGCAUUCUUCCUGACGCAAAGCCAGACUCCGCUCAAAGCCAGAACCCGCUCUUUGUUUCAGGAGGAUAAUGUGAGCAGCUGACUUAAAAACUCAAAACCCACUAGCAGAUGACGAGCGCGACGCCAGUCACCAUGAAAGCUCACCUUGAGAUCAAGAAGACCGAGAGCUCAACCUGAGCUGCGUAAUCUGCUGGUCGAGGGGCACGCUGCUUGUCAAUGCAAAGAAAUUUUCAAGAGACCAGGCGAUAUUGCAUCUCCUCGAGCAGGGUCUUUGCGAUGGACCCUCAUAGCAGCGUUAUGGCGGACAUGGCUGUAAGCGCGCCACAGGUGACAAGCGGCACAGUACCUGACAUCAAGAACUCAGAGCAGCGCAGGAGCGCCUGAUCGAUUGUUUUGGAGAGGAAAUUAACGGGGGAAAUUGAACGCGUUGAGGAAGUAGGCCUUGUGUUCUUCCCACUGUAUAAGUGUAUACGACAUCAGCCUUUCUGGGGUGACAGGGAAUAAAUGAGUUUCCAGCAGGGUCGGGAGUAUCUUUUUGCACAUAGACUGAUAGACUGGAAACUACCUGUAGAU